GGAGCAGGAAUUGUCUUGCCCACCUGCUCUGUGAAGAGCACUUACCAACACUUCACAUGAACCUCAGAACUGCACAGAGUCCGAAUAUAAGAUAUCAGAAUAUAAAAGCUAAAGCUUAAGGCAUCAAUCUCAUUUUUCUCCCAGAUGGCUGUGGAUGCUCAGGGGGAUUCUCUCGGAGCCAGGACCUGGCCGUGGUCAGGGAAUCCACGGAUCAGGCUGCAGGUGCUGGGAAUGUGGCUCUGUUCAAACAAGCUGUCAGCCUGUAACCUUUGUGCCUAUGCCAGUGGGGCCGUGGUUACUCAUCCCAGUCCCACCCACAGGCUUGGCACGGAGCUCCGCGCCUUCCGAAGCCUCGUGGCUCCUUAUCACCUCGAUAAAAGUGUGUUUGUGCAGAGCUCCGGCUGCUCCAGAGCUCACAGCUGCCUCUUCUCCCUCUCUGCUUGUGCCUCACCUCAGCAGGGGGAAAGGCAGCGGCACAAAGUGGCUCCAGGGAAGAGGGGGAAUAUCCCUGGAACAGAGGAGUCCCCGGGAUAAAUGGGCCUCCAGAAUGCCAAGCCCUCGGUGAAGGGGGCCAACAUCGUGAUGCUGGGGCUGGACUCGGCGGGGAAAUCCACGCUGCUCUACAAAUUCAGGUAUAAAGACGUUUUCAUAACAAUGCCAACGAUCGGCUUCAAUGUGGAUAUGAUCGAAGCAGGGAAAGAUUUCACGCUGACGUUUUGGGAUGUUGGAGGACAGAAGAAAAUGAGAGAGCUCUGGAGCAAUUUCCUGGAAGACGCCGGCGGGCUGCUGUACGUGGUGGACAGCUCUGACAAGCGGCGGCUGGAGGAGUCCAGGAGGGAAUUUGAGCUCAUUUUAAAGAAUGAAUCCAUAAAAAACGUCCCGGUGGUCGUGCUGGCGAACAAGCAGGAUUUGCCUGGAGCUCUGAACGCCGAGGAGAUCACCAGGAAGCUCAAGAUGAAGAAGUACUGCAGUGACAGGAACUGGUACGUGCAGCCCUGCUGUGCCACCACGGGAGAGGGGCUGGCAGAAGCUCUGCAGAGGGUGGCCACGUUUGCCAGGCAGUACAAGAAGUCAAAGGAGACUUUCAUCACCCUGAAGGAACUCAACUCCUUUUAAGGAUUUCUAUCAUCCACUUCUGGUGACUCUUAACAUAUUUUGUUGGACAGAUUGAAUCUGGAAAUACUGGAUUCUGAAGAACUUUUAUACAUAAAUAUUUAUAAAGGACUUCGACUAUAUUAAAUUCUACUGUUAUACCUGCAGAUAUUUGAUAUACCUGAUGGGAUAUCUCGUACCUGAGAUGGGACUCUGUAGCAUUUUAUUAUUAUUUUUUUAUUUACUUAAGGCUAUUCAAGUUGAAUGAUGAGAAAGUGGCAGUCGAGCACAUGGAAAUAAAAUAGGUGAGCAGCGUUUAAGUGGCUUAAAUCAAAUGAGGAUUCAAUUUUUUGCAAGAUGUACACCAGCCAAGUCAUUUGGUCAGCAGUGAUCAAAUGCUGUUUUGUAAUAAAUGCUCUGUGGAUGUGUUUCUUAUUUGAAAACAGAGUGGGUGAGAGCUUCAGCUGUAGUUAUGUCCAAGAGAAUUUGGCUGUUUGUGCAUUGUAGAAACAAUUCCUGCAGAGAGGUGGUGACGAGCAGGAGGAGCUCCUCACCCAGCCCGGGACAGAGCCUGGCUCCAGUGCUGUCCCCAAGGUGCAGCUGUGACCUCCCAUUGUCCCAGAGACCCACGUGCUGCUCCCCUUGUUCCUGCACUGCUGCACUGCCCUCCUCACAGGGGACCAGCCAGGGAACAGCUGGAUCCCGUUGGUUUUGUGCUGAUUUCCCAGACCUAAGCUCUGGAGAAGCCAUGGCUCUCAUUGUGCUCUCAUUUUUUGUUUCAGGAUAACACCAAGGAAGUAGGUGGGAAGUAAGAAGUUUACAUGUCAUUCUUACUAAUAAACAGACAGGAAUGUCAAGUUAUAAAAGGGUGAAGCAGCAGUAAAAUCACCCAGACAUACCCUGGUGUCUCAUGCACGGGUUAUUCAAAGACAAAAAACAUCAGCUGGGUUUGCUGAAACAGUAAACAAAGGGAAGUUUCCCAAUAGUAGCUGUUAUUAAUACUGAGACUAAUUAAUUUCCAGGGGCUAAAUCCUGAGUCAUGCUGAGACUCUUGCUAAAAGCAGAGCAAAUGUCUGGAUUUCUCAUUGCCCGCUCUGGUGAUUUGGACUCAAUAGGAAAUAUCAUCUUCUGUCCCUAAAAAGAUCUUUAAAAGUCAUUAAUGUUGGUUUUCCAGGCCAAAAAAUUCAAUGUUUAAAAGUGUGGUAGUGCAUAUUGAUACAUUUAUAACUGUUUGCAUGUGUAUGGGGUGAAUUCUCUUAAUCUGAUCACGCGUCUGUUAUAGAGCAGAAUUUACUUCUGUGGCCUCAGGACUUCCUCAGGGAGAAACACUCCUGAGAGAUUUAAUGAGGGUGUACCAGGGUCUCAAAUUAGCCAAGAAGCAAGUUCUGAAAGGAGAAAUAAA